AUGACCACAGACAAUAGCCACCAUCCCAAUCCUGGACCUUCAAUCCCUAACGAAACUCUCCCAUCCUCCUCUGGCGGAAUCACCCUGCCACUCACCGAGACUCUAAAGCUACACCGACAUACGGAUCGACAGGGCGGUACAGAGACACCCCUGAUGACAGCCACUUCACCCGAUGCUAGCCUAGUGGCAAUUCACGGAAGUGUCAUGGCUAGUAAUCAUUAUCCAUUCCCCAUUCCUCCUGGAGUAGGGGGAAGAGGUGGGAAACAUGGGAAGAAUACGAUGAGUAUGGAUGAUUGGGCGAAGAUCGCCGGUAAUAUCACAGGUACCAGUCGGAAAGGGUCCUUGACGGUGUCUGCUCAUGGACAAGGCCACAAUGCGAUUGAGGAAGAAGGGCGUGGUACCGAAAAUAGCAAAAAUGAUGGAGUGGGUGCUCACAAAGAGAAGGAGGAGGAAAAGAAGAAGACGACAACGAGAACAACGAAGAAUGAAAGGAUCAUCGCUAUUGAUUUUGAUGAUGUUUGUUCUGAAAAUAUGGCUAUGAUUGUUAAACAACAUAACUUGAGGUAUGGGACGGAUUUGACUUUGAAUGAUCUACGAACUUAUGUAUUUUGGCAAAAUAGGGGUUUCGGUACUCCUGCAGAAGUAGCAAGGAAAGUACAAACGCUCAAUAACCUACUUCCACUUACAACUCCCAUCCCGGGAUUCGUGGAAGGCCUCAGAACACUACAUGAACUAGGUCAUCCAAUUCACAUCGUCACUUCUCGUCCUGAAAAAGAUGAACAAGGGUUAAAAGAUUGGCUUUCGGCCCAGGGAAUUACGAUAGGUCAUGAACCAAAGGAUGUUAUUGUUCAGGCUCAUUUUACGGGUAGUUAUGGAGAUGUUAAUAAACCUAUUGAACCGAGAGGUGACGAUGAUGAAUUUAAGAGGGAGUUGAAUGAGAGGUUGAAGGAGUUGUGGAAAGAUGGCGUGGGGAAAGGGAAAGGUGGAUUGGCGAAAUUGUGGAUCCUACGCAACAUCAACGCAUCGUUAUUUAUAGAUGAUCAUCACGGUAACCUCGAGCCUAUCAUUACAGCCGAUCCUCCCAUCCCAUGUUUACUAUUCGGUGAAUAUGGUUGGAACCAAUCUAGGAGCGGUAUCACUUCUCCGGUGGAGAUGAUGGAUUACAACGAGAGGAUGAGUAGUGGAUUACCCUUACCUUUCCAAGAGAUUCAAUUUGGUAGAGAACAGUAUAUUCACAGGGUCAAAGAUUGGGAGGAGCUUGUUCAAUGGGUUAGAGAAUGGGAUGAAGAAGAAGAAGAAGAAGAAAAGGAGGAGAAGUCCGGUUGA